GGAAAUCGUUCACAGCCUCCAGAAGCAUGUGGUGGUAUGUAUGUAACUGGAUCAGAUGUGGAUCAUUUCCCAAUGGGAUGCAGUUUCUGCAUAUGGAACUGUUCAGUUCUCAGAGACACGGGCACACCAUGUGACAUGCAAUUGGCACCUGGGGUAUGUGAUAUAUAGCUUUUUCCUCUUCCCCAUGAUUCCUGCUAUGAGUUGCAUGGGCUGCGAAACAUUGUUUUUGCAUGUACAAUGCAAUGGGUCGCCAAGUUUCAAGACCGGAAGCUGCGCUGGCUCAGAGGGAGUCAAAGCCAUGACAACCUUAGGAGGCUAUCUUUGCGCAGCUGUAUCCGUCCUCUUCUUCGGCAGCAAUUUUGCGGUGGUGGCAAAAUACGAUGCGGGCGAUGGCAUGCUCUUCCAGCUCGUGUUGUGCCUUGGAAUUUGGUUCACUGGCCUUUGCGUCAUGGUGCCAAGAAACCCUGCUUUCUAUCCAAUCGCGAUGAUUGGAGGUGUAAUUUGGUGCAGCGGUAAUUGCUUGACUGUGUACAUCAUCCAGCAGAUUGGCCUUGGCCCAGGACUCGUGACCUGGGGGACCACCGCGCUGAUCAUUGGUUGGUUGACUGGCUUUUUUGGGCUCUUUGGCCUCCAAAGCGACCAGCCUUGCUUAGAAAGCCCAGGGCUCAAUGUCGUAGGCCUUGCCUUUGCCAUGGCCGCGUUAGCCGUAAGCACCCUCAUCAGGAAGACACCCCCGCAGAAGCGCUUGCUGGGCCAGGGCAAUCCGCCGGAACCAGCUGAGGGGCUGGCUGCGUCGGAUGCUCCCUGGGAUGCUAUCCCGCGGCCCGACAGAGCGCAACAGCGUGGAAGGGCCAAGGGCAUUCUGGCCAGUUUGAUUGCUGGAACUUGCUAUGGGCUAAAUUUCCUGCCAUCGACAUGGAUUCAGCAACAUGUAGCUGGAGCCUCGCAGCAGGGAUUAGACUACGUCUUCAAUCAGUUUUGUGGGAUUUUGGCUGCGUCGAUGCUGUACUUUUUGGUCUAUUGCCUGUACAAAGGGAACAAGCCCCAGGUCAACCCUGAGAUCAUGUUGCCUGGAUUCAUUUCAGGAGUGAUGUGGGCCAUUGCGCAGUCGUGUUGGUUCGUUGCUAACGUAGAAUUGGGAUACUCCGCAGCCUUCCCAAUUAUACUGAUUGGACCUGGCCUAAUCGGGUCUUUGUGGUCUGUCUUCCUCUUCAAGGACAUUGAAGGCCAUAGGAACUACUUGCUUUUGGUGGGCUACUUUGUGCUGGCUGCCAUCUCAUGCGGGUGCAUUGUGGCCUCUAGAAAGACGACUUGUAGCUAGCUGAUUGAGCUGGCAUGCAGGUUACCAUUUGAAAGUAUGGUCAUUCUGUCCUUUUUUGGUUCAUGCAGAGGAAAAACUCACAUGAACCAAUGGGACACCAAAAGGGUGAGCCCUGUUGAGCCGACCUCGACAAGGCACGAAAAGGUGAGCUAGAGGGCGGCAGACAACAGCAGAGGUGUAUGAUGGCAUAUGUGUAUGGGUGUGGUUGCAAAUCCGUCAAAGCAACGAUCGCGCGAGAGGCC